GUGUUGUUAUUUCCCCCAUAACUCUAUUUAAAAUAAGUUUGGUAGACAAAAUGACUCAAAUGUUCUUCCUAAACUUUACCAGCAGGCUGCUUGUAUUUUUAUUGACGUUUGGAAAACUCAUUAACGUUAAGGGGAACACGGAGGGAGUCACCAGGCCUCCAGAUGGACAGAAGGGGGACGGCAGUGCUUUCUUUGCCCUGCGGAGUUGCCACCAGUUGCUGCACAGUGACAGCAGUGAGUUCUUCUCCCCUGAUUACUUGUGCUCCAACCCUCCUCUGUGGUGCAACUGGACCAUCCAGGUGGAUCCCGGGAAGAGGAUCCAUCUCCGUCUGGAGGACUUGACCCCCGAUGAGACCUGCCAGCUCAAACAGGACCAGAUCCAUGUAGACGAGCCUGCUGGCCACUCGGGGAGUCACAAAGUGCUGCAGAAGUGUUGGCAGGAAGCAAAGUUCACAUCGUCCUCCAACACACUGUAUGUAGUGCUCCUGAUUGGUGGUUGGCCCAGUCCUCCCUACAGGGGCUUCUACGGACGAUACCAGGCAUUUGGACCGCCGGUGGUUUACCAUCCCCAGAAAGACUCCACAGGAAAAAGAAAGGGGACUGAGCCGUCUGCUGGACUCUCGGACCUCAAUGAAUUUGAAUCAGUUACAAACGAGGAUCAAACAGAAUUGGCGAACUCUGAUAUGGCUUACGAUUACUAUAAUCAGCAUUUAACUAUGACUGCCAGGCUGCCCUGGGUGUCCAGUGGUGCAGACAGAGGGACAGAGGGGGGUAAGGCAGCUGAGAACCCACAUCCACCCUCGGGGAACAACAGCCAUGUCUACCAGUAUGCGGCUGCACCCACUGUGCCAACCCCCACCCAAAAGACCUUGCGAUCAGGAAGAGGUGUCGCCUACAGCCAUUCAAGUCAGGCUGACUCGGCUGCUCUUUCCGAGUCCUCGCAGCAGCACCAUGUCGGUGAUGGGUUCAAACACAACAAAACCGCCAAAACACAGGAAGCUGCUAACGCUGAAGAGAAAAGCAGACCAUUUGUGGGGGGUUCAGCAAAAACUGAACGUGAGAACAGACUGGAGGCCGGCCACAGCUCAGACCAGCCACCCCCCUCCUCUGAUGGCACAGAACCACGACACACUGACCAUCGUCACCCCAACAUGGCGGCGCCUCAACCUGACGACAAAGGAAACCGUGAGUUGAAUGCUGGAGCACUUUACAUCCUCUGGCUGCAGAUUGGACAAGGGCCUGGAGGUAUGCAGAUCCACAGGGCCGUCCACUCAGCCAUGCAGGGGCUCCUCGCCACAGGCGUUAACCUCCGAGUCGGUCGCAGGAAUGCUGUCAUUAUGUCUGUGUCCACCGCAGAUGUGAAUGAGUGUGGGACCCAGCUGGUUCUGUGUGACGUUAACGCAGACUGUGUGAACCACUUUGGCACGUACUCCUGCCAUUGCAGGCCAGGCUUUCAUGACCAGUCCCGGUUGGGAUCAGGAGGAACCAUCUGCAUGAAGACUCAGCCUGCAGGCUGCAGCUCAGGCCUGUCCUCGGAGACCAAAGGCGUCUACGUGCUUUUCUUUCUGCUCAGCUCCCUCAUCCUGAUGCUGCUGGUGGUGGCAGGCAUGCUCUACCACCGCCACCACCGGGGGGCAUUUAUGGUCCACUGCCACAGCAGCAGCAGCAUCUCCCCAUCUGACCCGAACAACAACCACCACCUCCAUCCUGAUGAAAACUACUCCACGCCGACAGACUGCGACCUGCCCCCGCCACCUCCACCACCUGCGAGGGGCACAAAAGAGGCUUGGACCCCGGUGAAGGAGCGCUGCUCCCCCAUGGACCUGACACUGCUGCGUUUCAACCCCCUGCUGCCACCAGACAGCUACAUAGAUCCACAGGACAGUGGAAAGAUCUAA